GAUGCACAUUGGACAGCGACCGGAAGAAAACAAUUAUAGUUUCUUAAGACCUUUAAUACAACAGUGACAACACAAAACUUCACACUCCAGAACUCACUUCCGGUUCAACAUGGCGGCAUCCAUGGCUUGUCAAGCGGUAGUGAGAGGACUCCGAGGAGCGAGUACUAAACAUCUUUUUGUGAACAGAAACAAGUUAUCACGGGUGAGUCCUAGAAGAUGGCUGAACCUGCAGGAGUACCAGAGCAAAAAGCUUAUGCAGGACAGUGGCGUGACCGUGCAGCGGUUCUUCGUGGCUGAUACUGCAUCUGAAGCUCUGGAGGCUGCUAAGAGACUCAAUGCAAGGGAGAUUGUCCUGAAAGCUCAGAUUUUAGCAGGAGGGAGAGGCAAAGGAGUGUUCGACAGCGGCCUGAAAGGAGGGGUGCAUUUAACAAGAGACCCUGCUGUUAUUGGAGAGCUGGCCGGUAAGAUGCUCGGCUUCAAUCUGACCACCAAACAGACCCCUAAGGAAGGAGUGAAAGUAAAUGCGGUGAUGGUUGCUGAGGCUCUGGAUAUCUCCAGGGAAACAUACUUUGCUAUCCUGAUGGACCGUUCCUGUAACGGACCCGUGAUGGUCGGCAGCCCUCAGGGUGGUGUGGACAUAGAGGAAGUGGCUGCCACUACACCAGAUCUCAUCUUCAAAGAAGUCAUAGAUAUAUUUGAGGGUGUUCGAGAUGACCAGGUGCUACGUAUGGCAGCUAAUUUGGGAUUCAAAGGACCUUUGGAGAGACAGGCUGCUGAUCAGAUUAAGCGACUCUAUGAUCUGUUUCUAAAAGUCGACGCCACUCAAGUCGAAGUCAAUCCACUUGGAGAAACACCUGAGGGACAAGUUGUUUGCUUUGAUGCUAAAAUCAACUUUGACGACAAUGCAGAGUUCAGACAGAAAGCUGUGUUCGCCAUGGACGACACUGCAGAGAGCGACCCCACGGAGACAGAGGCAGCCAAAUAUGACCUCAAGUACAUCGGACUGGAUGGAAACAUAGCUUGUUUUGUCAAUGGCGCUGGUCUUGCUAUGGCAACGUGUGACAUUAUCGACCUGCACGGCGGAAAGCCUGCCAACUUCCUGGAUCUGGGUGGAGGUGUAAAGGAGAACCAGGUGUAUGCGGCCUUCAAACUUCUCACUGCUGAUCCCAAGGUAGAGGCCAUCUUGGUAAAUAUAUUUGGAGGGAUUGUUAACUGUGCCAUCAUUGCCAACGGGAUCACCAAGGCCUGCAGAGAACUGGAGCUCAAGGUUCCACUGGUGGUCAGGCUCGAAGGGACUAAUGUUCAGGAGGCAAAGCGUAUCCUGUCCGAAAGUGGGUUGCCCAUUACUGCUGCCAGUGACCUGGAUGAUGCAGCCAAGAAGGCUGUUGCCGCCAUUGCCAAGAAAUAAGUGCAUUCACAUACAGUGUACACAUACAUACAAAAUAGGCAUAUACCGCUAUACAUGCAUAAAGAGAGGUGUGCCCAACUGCACUGUAUUGCCAUCAUCAACCACAAAGCCUCAUACUCCUCAUUAAUUCAAUCAUGCCUGGGAGAAAGCCACUUUUCUCACCUGUCUUCUGAACCAUACUAUACAUACCCAUCCCUAGUAGCACUAGUCUAUUUUCUCCUUGGAGGGUCUUGUAUUUGAGAUACAUUUCACAAGUAAUUUAUAAUCUUUAAAUGUUUUAAAAUGUGGAGCAAAUAAGUCGGGACACACAAAAAGGUCUCAAAUAUGGGACUCAGGAAACAUGGGACUUCUGCUAAACUAGAUUUCACAGACUCAUACAUAAUUUUUGUUUGUCUGAAUGCAGCGAUUUGUAUAGCACAGUAAAUUAGUAUUUUUUCAAACAGAACAGAUAUAUUCAAAAUAUGAAUAUAUAUAUAUAUAUAUAUAUAU